GCUUGAGGCCGAACUCAGCGCCAUGAGGGCUUGGCGGCACUGGCUGCUGUUGCGUGGGAUGUUGCUUUGGGGUGAUAGUGGAGCCGCUGUCCCGCCUGGGAGAAGCGGAAUCUGGGCAGCUCGGCGCCAGUUAUCUGGCGCUGAGAGGGAUACUCUAAAACAAAGAAGAGCACAAAUCAUGUCCCGAGGACUUCCAAAACAGAAACCCAUAGAAGGUGUUAAACAAGUUAUAGUUGUGGCUUCUGGAAAGGGUGGAGUUGGAAAGUCUACGACAGCAGUGAACCUGGCACUUGCACUGGCAGCAAAUGAUUCGACAAAGACAGUUGGUUUGUUAGAUGCCGAUGUGUAUGGCCCUUCAAUUCCAAAGAUGAUGAAUCUGAAAGGAAACCCAGAAUUAUCUCAAAACAACUUAAUGAGACCUCUUUUGAAUUAUGGUAUUGCUUGUAUGUCUAUGGGCUUCCUGGUUGAGGAGACAGCACCAGUGGUUUGGAGAGGCCUUCUGGUAAUGUCAGCUGUUGAGAAAUUGUUAAGGCAGGUAGAUUGGGGUCAGCUGGACUAUUUAGUAGUUGACAUGCCACCUGGAACAGGAGACGUACAGUUAUCAAUUUCACAGAAUAUUCCCAUUUCAGGUGCAGUGAUUGUCUCCACUCCCCAGGACAUUGCACUGAUGGAUGCACACAAGGGUGCAGAGAUGUUUCGGAAAGUCCAUGUGCCUGUUCUUGGCCUUAUACAAAAUAUGAGUGUUUUCCAGUGUCCAAAAUGUAAAUACAAAACUCCUCUUUUUGGUACUGAUGGUGCCAGGAAACUAGCACGGACCCUUAACCUUGACGUUCUAGGAGACAUUCCUUUACACCUCAGUAUAAGGGAAGCUUCAGACAUAGGCCAGCCAGUUGUGUUCUCACAGCCUGAAAGUGAUGAGGCCAAAGCUUACCUGAGGGUUGCCGUGGAAGUGGUAAGAAGAUUGCCACCACCUCCAGAAUGAUUCCCAAGUGCCCUGGAUAGUGCCUUGAUCAUAGGAGGACCUUUGGAAAUGAGUAGUGUGAUAGGUGGACCCUGUACAAAUUAUAACCAUAAUAGUUUCCUUUUAUUUCUAAGGAAAUAAUACCUUAUUUCAGAUUUGAUUUACUAAGCUAUGACUUGUGUAAUUUGCUUUGGCCGCAUGGGCAUUUGAAUUCAUGACUUUGUGCUUGCUAGGCAAGUAUUCUAUGCACUAGAACCAUACCCAGCCAUCACAAAUACAGUUUUCAAGUAUCCAUGUUAACUGUUAUACUUUGGAUUUUAAAAAAAAAAGCUGCUAUGGAUCAACUACGCCAAACUGCAUUUUAUUUUAUUGAUCACCAUCUUGAGAAAUCACAAUUAUUUGAUGUUAUAAUACCAGUCUGGGAGAAAACUCUUUUGCAGGACCACAGUUGGUCAUGUAAAGAACUUACUAAACUUGUGUAUGGACAUAAAUGUGUCACCUCUCACUGGCAUUUGAAUACUAUGGUCUAGGUUUGAAUAUUAUUAUGGUACCAUGUUAAAUGAGAAUGAACCUAUGCUUCUUCUCUAGAUGGGACUUUACCUCAGCUUUAAUGAAUCUGAAUCUCCAGGGUGGUACUUGGGCAUAUUUUUUUAACAAUGAUUUUGAUGAUGGCUUGGAUUAUAAUGGCAAUAAUGAUAAUAAAUAUUAGUGUUUAUCAAGUA